AUGGCAGCAGUUUCGUUUUUGGAAACAACUAAUUUGGUCGGAUUGGGUCUGUCCGCUGACAGAGUGUUCAGUCAUGUUACAGAUUUGAAUGCGACCAAGUUAAUUGAACCCGUGAAGCAACAGGGCGGGUUAAAGAUUAUGUCGGACGUUGUGGAUGGAUCCUACCGAGUGUUUGAUGGAUUGGGUAAAUUCUGGCAGAGAAAUACACAAGAAUUGGAAAACAACAAGACGGCGACGCCAGUGGAUGGGCCAAUAAAUAAAUUUUUGGAAAUGAAAUCAGUGGAUGAAUUAACACUAGGCGAAGUCACUGUUUUAUUAGCGGAUUAUAAGCGAUUAGCUGCCAUCAUUAAACAAGCAGGCCUUGCAUAG